CUCUCUCAAGAAACUGGGAGAAUCUUAAGCAGCCUGGAAGAGAGAGAGUGAGAUGUUCUGUAAAUUUAAACCAAAAUAUGUCCCCAUGCAUAGAGGAGAUAACGAUUCACAAAUAUUCAUACUUUCAAUUUUUAUUUGUUAAAAAUUCUUCUUUUUUUUAUAUCUUACUUGAAGAAGGUACUUCUUCUUCAACAGACAAAUCUUUACAGCUUCCUAUUCUUGUGGUUUGAGAUCUCUCUCUCUCUCUCUCUCUCCCUCUCUCACAUAGACAACAAAUUACAAAUAAAGGUCAGUUUAUAAAAGGGACUUUUGAAACUCACUUGAGGAAGAAAUCUUCAAGAAUCUCUGUCCUGCCUUUCUUUGUUUCCCUUUCUUCUAAUUUAUCAUCUAAAGUUUUGAUUUUUCGGCUAAGAAAAAAGUUGUUGGGCUAAACCAAAAAAAGCAGAGCACAUACAUAUCCAUGGAAGAUAGUUAUCUCAAAACCGAUAACGCUGUUAUGGACACUGGCUUCAUGGAUGGAUUGCUACUAGAUGGUUGCUGGUUAGAGACAACAGAUGGAUCUGACUUUCUUAACUUAACACCUUUUGAUCCAUCUUCCUUCAUAUGGUCUCCAACUCAAGACACAUCAGCACUAGUAUCUCACAUGUACGGUCAGGAUUGCGCAGAAAGAUCAAGCCUCGAAGACUUUCAAUGGAACAAACGAUGGUGGAUCGGACCAGGAGGUGGUGCUUCUUCAGUUACCGAGAGAUUAGUUCAAGCAGUUGAACACAUUAGAGACUACACAACAGAGAGAGGCUCACUCAUUCAGUUAUGGGUUCCGGUCAACAGAGGCGGGAAGCGAGUUUUAACCACAAAGGAACAACCCUUUAGCCACGAUCCUUUAUGUCAGAGGCUCGCAAACUACAGAGAGAUCUCUGUGAACUAUCACUUCUCUGCUGAGCAAGAUGAUUCCAAGGCCUUAGCUGGUUUGCCUGGAAGGGUUUUCUUGGGGAAGCUUCCUGAGUGGACUCCUGAUGUUAGGUUCUUCAGGAGCGAGGAGUAUCCGAGAGUUCAGCAUGCUCAGGACUGUGGUGUACGUGGGACGCUGGCGAUACCGGUGUUUGAGCAAGGGAGUAAGAUUUGUUUGGGUGUUAUUGAGGUUGUGAUGACUACUGAGAUGGUUAAACUAAGACCUGAGCUUGAAAGUAUUUGCAGAGCGCUUCAGGCAGUUGAUCUUAGAAGCACUGAAGUUCCUAUCCAGCCAUCUCUAAAGGGAUGUGACUUAUCCUACAAAGCUGCAUUACCUGAAAUCCAAAACCUCUUGAGAUGUGCUUGUGAGACUCAUAACCUACCUUUAGCUCAAACAUGGGUCUCUUGUCUCCAGCAAACCAAAACCGGAUGCCGUCACAACGACGAGAACUACAUCCACUGCAUCUCAACCAUCGAUGACGCUUGCUACGUUGGCGAUCCAACAGUCCUCGAGUUCCACGAAGCUUGCUCUGAGCAUCACCUCUUGAAAGGCCAAGGAGUUGCGGGACAAGCCUUCUUGACCAAUGGACCUUGCUUUUCGACCGAUGUCUCUAACUACAAGAAGUCAGAGUACCCUCUCUCUCACCAUGCUAACAUGUUCGGCUUACAUGGCGCCGUUGCGAUACGGCUACGCUGCGUGCAUACGGGGUCUGCUGAUUUCAUCUUGGAGUUCUUUUUGCCAAAGGAGUGUGAUGAUGUGGAGGAGCAGAGGAAGAUGUUGGAUGCUCUUUCGAGUAUUAUGGCUCACGUGCCUAGAAGUUUAAGGACUGUUACGGAUAAGGAGCUGGAAGAAGAGAGUGAAGUGAUAGUAACGCCAAAGAUAGAGAACACAUUGGUAUUUGAUGGUGGAGACAAGCCAAAUGAUGUGUUUGGCUUGAAGAGAGGUUAUGAGUACAAAAGCAGUGAGAGCAGCAUGUUCUCUUGUGGUGGUUUCAGUAGUAUGGCUGAGAAGAAGCGUACAAAAGCAGAUAAAAACAUAACUUUGGAUGUGCUUAGACAGUAUUUUGCAGGGAGUUUGAAAGAUGCAGCCAAGAGUAUUGGUGUUUGUCCAACGACGUUGAAGAGAAUAUGUAGGCAACAUGGUAUACAGAGAUGGCCAUCAAGAAAGAUCAAGAAAGUGGGACAUUCUCUUCAGAAGAUCCAACGAGUGAUUGAUUCUGUUGAAUGUGUUUCAGGUCCUCUCCCCAUAAGCUCUUUCUACGCUAACUUCCCUAACUUAGCCUCACAUGAACCAUCUCAACAAGACAAGAUCUCCCCUCCUCUUCCGCAGCCAUUGCAGCUUUCAAAGUCCCCUAGUUCAAGCUCUAGCCAAUGCUGUUCCAGCGGCGCGACAACUGAUCCUUCUCAAGGUGAUGUUAGAACCGGAUCAAGUCUUGAUGAGACAGUAUUGACUCUCUCUAGUUUAGAAAACAACCCUCAAGGCGGCACCCAUUUGUUGUCAUCAUCUCAAGAUGAUGACUCAUUGAGGAUUAAAGUCAGCUAUGGAGAAGAGAAGAUCAGGUUUAGGAUGCGGGAUUCGCGCAGGUUAACUGAUCUAUUGUGGGAGAUAGGGAAGCGGUUUGGUCUAGAGGAUAUGAGCAGGUAUGAUCUAAAGUAUUUAGAUGAAGACAAUGAAUGGGUUUUGUUGACUUGUGAUGAAGAUGUAGAAGAGUGUGUAGAUGUUUGCAGAACCACACCUAGUCAUACCACCAUUAUGCUUCUGCUUCAUGUUUCUUCUCAUUGUUUCCCUGAACGUUCUUCAGCUACAGGUUACAGUUUAUAGCACUGACUUCAUAUCAGAGAAAGAAUGAAGAAAAAGAAGAGUUUAUAGGACAUGGUAGAAAUAAGCUUGUACCUUUGUGUUCUGUUAUAAUUAUUCAUCAUUUUAAUUGUUUUCUUUUUCAUUUUCAAAUGUAGAUAUACAUAUAAAAGAACUCAACUGUUACCAUAAUUUUCA